GUGCCAUCUAACGAUAACAAAGUGAGUGUGAAAGAGAUUUGAAUCGAAAAAGGAUUUUUAUUUGAAAGACUUCUACAAAUCUACCUCCAUCAAAAUGUACUCCAAACUGUUCCUUUUGGCAGUGGUAGCCUGCUCCUUGGCGUCAGCCCAAUUCGUGAUCCAUCACAGCCUGCAGCAGAACCACAUACAGCCCUUGUCUUAUCAGAAUCAAAUACAAUUCCAGCCGCACUUUGCACAAGAAUCCCAGAUUCAACAAGUGGAACUGAGGCCAUUGGUGCCUUCCCACCGUGCAGUAGAAUACAACGCGCAGCAGGAAUCGCUGCUCCCAGCCCAAUUGAAGAACCAGUUCUACAACGACCCCAGGAUUGCAGCAUCUUUAGCCAAGGAAAGCUGGUUGACCAACAAGGAGAUGCCAGUGGUCGAACGAGCAGCCGAGAAGAUCCCGAGGGAGCAGAUCUUCAAGAUGAUCAGAAACGCUGCUUUCGUACACAGGAGGAGAUAAGUGGAAAUGAUGGGAAUGG